AUGUCACUUCUCUUUCGACGCAGUAUCUCUUCAAUGGCUUCGCUCAAAAAAGCUUCCAAGGUCGUGUGCAUUGGCCGGAAUUAUGCCGACCAUAUUACAGAAUUGAGCAGCGCAAGGCCAAAGCAGCCGUUUUUCUUUUUGAAGCCCGCAUCUUCGAUCUUGGCUCCUGGUGAGGGUCCGGUGAUAAGACCAAAAGGUGUGGAUUUACAUUAUGAGGUCGAAUUGGCUUUGAUCAUUGGCAAGCAAGUCAAGGACUUGGAAGCAGAUGAUGAGAAGGGCGCUAUGGACGCGAUUGAGAGUUAUGCGAUGAGUAUCGACAUGACAGCUCGCAAUGCCCAGAACGAAGCAAAGAAGAAGGGCCUCCCAUGGUCCAUUUCCAAAGGAUUCGAUACCUUCCUCCCAGUCAGCCAGAUUAUUCCCAAAUCUGCGAUCCCAGAUCCUCAUAAUGUCGAGAUAUAUCUCACAGUCAACGACAAAAUCAGACAAAAUGACUCGACAAACUUGAUGCUGUUCCAGAUCCCGCGAAUGCUUAGUGAUAUCUCGAAGGUCAUGACUUUGGAGAAGGGAGAUAUUGUGAUAACUGGAACGCCCAAGGGAGUGGGCUCAGUUGUACCAGGUGAUAUAAUGAGAGCUGGCAUAAAGGUUGGAGGGAAGGAUAUUCAGGAGGGGAAGAUUGAAGUGGGAGUCGAGGAGUCCACAAGCACAUAUCAGUUCGCAGAGACAUAG